UUUUUUGACAAUUUCUUAGCUUAAGGUGAAGUUUGUGUGCAUUGUGUGGUAUAUAUACAGUGCUUAUUCAGGUACACACGCGCAUACAAAUCCCUUCCGGCCUCUCAUCGCUUGUCAUAGUGAGGACGGCUCUUUAUCAUUCGUCCAGUAAGACUCGGUAGACAUGUCUUUUCUUCAGUCCAGCUGACAGCCUCGGUAGAAGGGAUAUGUAAGAACACGGAUGGAGAGCACGCUAAACUCCGGGUCCAGCUCACCGUUACAAGUUGUGAAGAACGGUAAAAGAAACAGCCCCAAUCGGAAGCGGGACUUUAGCCACAACAAAAUCUGCGACUUUGUGUGCUGUUGAAUUCCUGGUCCGAUAUCAAGGGACAGCUUUCCUUUUCACUGAAUUAGUUCACAAUUUGUGAUUAAAAGCUUCUUGCCUCUUUCAGCUUCUAAAGACUAGGAACUUGCCAACAUUCUAUUCAAUACGGCCUUAAAGACAUCUAACUGUCAUAUAGAAUUCUGAUGAUCUUGUGGAAACUGAGUUCUUGAUAUAAAUGAAAAAUAUGUCUGUGAUAGAACGAGAACUGUUUGCUUCAAGAAAUCCAGUUUAUAUAGCAUUAUAUUUUAUUUUGACUAUCCAAUUCUCCGGAAUAUUAAUAUGUGCGGGACAUUUAAACGAAAAAGAACAAACUUACACGUUAAAUAUACCAUGGCACAUAGGAAAUCAUCACCCUCGACACGUGCAAUAUACCGUGCACGGCAUCCCAGAAAUCCAAACAUUAAGACUCAAAAGAAACGAUAAUAUAAACCUUAAUGUUCCGACCUGUGUCAUAGAUCAAGGCUUCACAAUUUGUGAAUACGGAAAUGUUCAGGAUAUAGCUUUUUAUCAUACUACCGAUAAACAGGGCGCGUUCUCCAUUAGGUUAGACCCCACAACACCAAACACAAAGACACAACUGGAAGGUGUUUUAGUGGCGGGUAAAGAUGCGUUUGUCCUGGAGCCCAAUGGUCCCCUAAGUCACAGCAUCACCCCUGCACACAACCACCGAAUCGUCAAGCGAAGCUCUUAUGUCAACAGUAAGUACUUGGACAAUUGGCAUGCAUCGACGGGUCGGCAUGAAAUGUCUUACAUGGACAGGAGAAUGGUCCAAUUAACAGACAGACACACAUUCCAGGAUUUCCAGGAAAACAUGCUGCAUGACGUCAACUAUAGUACGAAGAGACCGUAUGUUGUGGAGGUCCUUGUGCUCAUUGAUAACAGUUUAUAUCAAAAAUUCUACAAGAGGCACAGAGGAGAUGAACAAGAAACAAUGACAAAACUCAAAUACUAUUUCGCACAUAUAGUAAAUGGGAUGGAUCUUCGAUAUUCAUCAAUCAACAAUACUGGAUUUACCAUUUCUAUCCGUCUGGCCGGUUUCUUCAUAGCAAAGAAUACCAGCGAUCUUCCUUUUGUGAUGACAUACAGACAGGGUGGCGAUAGGCGGUCUAAGGUGGACGGCAGCUCCACGCUUCUGGGAUUGACCAAUUUCUUAAAGUCAAAGAAGGAUUUGCCGCAUCAUGACCAUGCCAUGUUGUUUACAGAAUAUGACGCCACCAAUGGCCGGGGAUAUAUUUUAGGAACGAGUUACUUAAGCGGAAUUUGUACAGCUAUGAGUACGUCUGUCAUUGUGGACCAUGGCUCUUAUAACUCGGCUGGAAUUGCUGCUCAUGAGUUAGGACACAAUCUUGGUGUUAUUUACCAUGACGGUGAUGACAAUACUGUAUCUAGACACUGUCCACGAGAGUUGAACUACAUUAUGGCGCCAUCUUCUGCAAUUAUAAACUCCAAAACCAAGGAAUACAGUUUUAAAUUUUCCGAUUGCUCCAUAGCUCAAAUGGAGGAUCAUGUUAAUUUAUUGACACAAAGGGCUCGAAUAUUCCGAAGAAAAGGGAACUGCUUGGCCGACGACGCGGGUCCAUCUUACGCUACGAUGGUAGUGAAGCCUUACCUCAGUAUCCCUCCAGGACAGCUAGAGGAUGUCCACACUCAGUGCAGACAACUAUACGGAAACGCAUCAUUUAUGUGUCCACCUGCCACCACAGAUGAAAUGUGCUACAAAAUGUACUGUUUUGAUCCUGGACGGAAGAUGUGUAUUACUGGAAGUGAGCAAAGAGCCGCCAUGGGUACUUCUUGUGGUGACAAGAAGUGGUGUAAGCUUGGAAAAUGCGUCCGCGAUGAAAAAGCGCCUACCGUGCCAGAUAACUGUCCAUUCCCUGACGUUCCGCCUCCGCGGGCGUCGUGUAAGGAAGACGCUUCUCCCAUGCAAUGUCAGGAUCCUAUAUUCUAUAAAAGAUGCUGCCAAUCAUGUAAUCGAAAUUUUACUGAGGAGGACUUUUGCAGAGACUCUAAAAUUUUAAUAAAUGGGUUUAAAUGCGACCAAUUUAUUGCAAAAUAUACACAAGAGAUAUGCAAUUAUGACCCUAAUGUCAAGAACUUUUGCUGUGCCAGCUGUAAAAAGUCCAUUUCUUUUGCUCCUACGCCGCCCACGCCUACCAGGACGGUGCCUAUGAACUGCCAAGACAAUCUGUUUGUUAGAAUAAACAGUCUGCCCUGUGAAGCGUUUGUAGCGAAGACCGGUUUGUGUGACCGACCUAUUGUACAACAACACUGCUGCGGAAGCUGCCAGUCAUGGAAUGAUUUAAAGAAAUAAAUUAUAUAACCCGGACAAA